AUGUACGGAACGAUACAUAAUGCCCCUCUGGACGGACCAGGCGACAUUCCUAGCGGACGACAGCUUAAACGGCUAUCGCUGCUCUCGCGCCCCCUCCAUCUGCCUACCUCCCCUUCAUCAGCUACCCCUCGGCUCUCCCCACAUAGUCUGCACGAGGGACUCGAACCCCUGGAAGGCUCGGCCGGGGAGGACGAGCCAGAUACCCCUCGAGCCGGAACAACAACCCCGAGGGGCCGGGAAAGGGCCAAGGGGAUACGGAGUAGCAUAUCUUAUGCUAGCUCUCCUACGGCGUCUCUAAGGAGUCCAGGUCCAGUGGAGACAAGAGGCGCGGGAAGGACCGACCGAGAAGGAGAGGGCGGGUCGUGGCGACCUGCUGCAGGAUUGGGAUUAGGGGUGUUGCGCGAGGCAGAAGGCGGGCAUGAUGUGGCAUCGGGAGCGCCGGGAGUGGAAUCGGGAUCGGGAGGAGUAGAGGAAAGGCGGACCGAGAAGGAAUUGAAGGCGAAGGGUAUCACGUUGACUGAAAAGCAUGCGGACCUCUUGACGCUCAUUGCGCAGAAGGAGCGUAAAGUCAACGAGCUCAGACUUGAGCUGGCGCAGCAGGAAGCGGCCCUCAACUUCCUCAAGCAAAAAUGGACAACCAUAGCUACCCGCACCGCCCGACCGUUCACCACUCAAUCAUCGGUAUCUUCCUCGUCAUCAGUACCGACAGCCGGCCCUUCAUCAUCUCGGUCAUCAGCACCCGUGCAGCAGCGCAGAUCGCAGAUCCGCCCCCGGCCCGUGACCCACGCGUCCGCUUCUUCCAUCUCGUCAACCUCAUCAAACCCAACUUUACCGCCUACAUCGCCGACCUCCCCAUCAGACACCUAUUCUCCGCUCCAUCUCUUGGCGGACGAAGAGGAGGCCGCAGCUCUGAUAGGUCCUAGCGCUCAGGCGGUGCUAAAUAACCUGCUGGCGACGGCAUACGGUCCGGAGGGCGUUGUGACGCCAUCAGCAGUGGAGGGCGGGAGGAAGUUUUGGGGUCAGCUGGUCAAGACCGUCAGCGCCGCGGCAGCAGGGACUGUACCUGGGUCGGAUCUGGGGCCGGACGUAAACCACGAAGCCGACGCCAGUAAGACGCUCGACAUUUCUGCUCUCAAGAACAUCGUCUCGUUGCCUACAUGGUCGUCGCUCAUCCCCACUCCUUCAUCCUCGACUCAUACUCGCCCGAUCCGCCAACCUGCAAACCAUCAGCGUCUACCUCGACAGCGAGAACAAAGUGCCACAUCAACAGCUUCCGCAAACACCCAGAGCCCUGAGCUUCAGACACCUCACAUCGACCAGGAUAGUGCCGGAGGCGCACAAACCUCUCUACGGGUUGGCGGUUGGGCCCAGGGAUCAGGAGAGAGGUCAGGAAUAGGCUCAAUGGCGUCGUCCUUCCAGGAUCUCAUGGACUUUCAGGAUGAGCCGGAAGGUAUGGAGGGAACGAUAGCGCCCGAUACGGUCAGACCCGGGACGGUCGGCGGCGCAGUGAACGGGGACAAGCCGGAUUGCACUACUGGAGGAAACGAGAGCGAAGAGGAUGAGUGGGGAUGGUAG